CCGCCGCUCGGACCCGGCGCGGCCCCGAUCGCGACCCCCGGGGCGCUGUCGCGACAGCGGCGGGGACAGCGCGACAUGAAGGCGGCCAGGACCAAGACCCCUCGGCGGCCGAAGAAACCCACGAACCCGGCUCUGAAGGACCCGGUGGGGGUUUACUGCCGGGUGCGGCCGCUGAGCCGCGCGGACCACGAGUGCUGCAUCGAGGUGAUCAACGAGAGCACGGUGCAGAUCCACCCGCCCGAGGGGUACCGCGUGUUCCGCAACGGCGAGUACCGAGAGACACAAUAUUCCUUUAAGGAAGUGUUUGGCACCCUCGUGGUUCAGAAGGAGGUCUUCGAUGUGGUGGCCAAACCUCUGGUGGAGGAUCUGAUCCGGGGCAAAAAUGGUCUCCUCUUCACCUACGGAGUGACAGGCAGUGGGAAGACCCACACCAUGACGGGAUCUCCUGGGGAUGGAGGGCUCCUCCCACGCUGCCUGGACAUGAUCUUCAACAGCAUCGGGCCCUUCCAGGCCAAGAGAUUCGUGUUUAAGCUGGAUGACAAGAACGGCGUGGAUGUUCAGACUGAGGUUGAUGCUCUGUUAGAGCGGCAGAGAAGAGAUGCCCUGCCUGUCCCAAAAACUCCAUCUGGGAAGCGCCACCUGGAUCCCGAGUUUGCCGACAUGAUCAACGUCCAGGACCACUGCAAGGUGGAGGACGUGGAUGAGGACAAUGUCUACAGUGUCUUUGUGUCCUACAUCGAGAUCUACAACAACUACAUCUACGACCUCCUGGAGGAGGCUCCCUUCGAGCCCAUCAAACCCAAGUGGAACAGUUGCAACACCCCUGUGCGAAAUGGAGACUUUAUACCUCCCCAGUCCAAAAUGCUCCGGGAGGACCAGAACCACAACAUGUACGUCACGGGCUGCACAGAGGUGGAGGUGAAGUCCACGGAGGAAGCUUUUGAAGUGUUUUGGAGAGGUCAGAAGAAGAGGCGCAUCGCCAACACGCAGCUGAACCGCGAGUCCAGCCGCUCCCACAGCGUCUUCAUCAUCAAACUGGCCCAGGCCCCGCUGGACGCGGACGGGGACAACGUCCUGCAGGAGAAGGAACAGAUCACUCUGAGCCAGCUGUCCCUGGUGGAUCUGGCUGGAAGUGAGAGAACCAACAGGACAAAAGCCGAGGGGAACAGGCUGCGAGAAGCAGGUAACAUCAACCAGUCACUGAUGACGUUGAGGACCUGCAUCGAAGUUCUGCGGGAAAACCAGUUGUACGGGACAAACAAGAUGGUUCCCUACAGAGAUUCCAAACUGACUCAUCUCUUCAAGAACUAUUUUGACGGAGAGGGGAAGGUCCGGAUGAUCGUGUGUGUCAACCCCAAAGCUGAGGACUACGAGGAGAGCCUGCAGGUGAUGCGCUUUGCAGAGAUGACCCAGGAGGUGGAGGUGGCCAGGCCCGUGGACAGACCCCUGUGUGGCCUCACCCCCGGCCGGCGCUUCCGCAACCAGGCCUUCCGAGAGGAGCUGGCCAGGAAGCUGGAGCUCAGGGGGGGCCCGCUUGGGGGGGAAACAGAAGAGCCAUCUGUGGCAGAAAUGCUUCUGCAGAACUUCCCCCCGCUGCCCUCGUGUGAGCUCCUGGACAUCAACGACGACCAAACCCUCCCCAAGCUCAUCGAGGCCCUGGAGCAGCGCCACAAAAUGAGGCAGAUGUUGUCAGAGGAGUUUGCCAAAAAUGUGCUUGCCUUUAAAACAAUGCUGCAGGAGUUUGACUCCAGUGUCUUAUCCAAGGAACACUAUAUCCAAGGAAAGCUGUCUGAGAAGGAGAAAACAAUCGCAGGGCAGAGAACGGAGCUGGAACGCCUGGAGAAGAAGAUUAAAACCUUGGAAUACAAGAUUGAGAUUUUGGAGAAAACUGCCACAAUUUAUGAGGAGGACAAGAGGAAUCUCCAGCAGGAACUGGAAAGCAAGAGCCAGAAGCUGCAGCGUCAGGCAUCGGACAAGAGGAGGCUGGAGGCCAGGCUGCAGGGAAUGGUGGCAGAGACCACCAUGAAAUGGGAGAAGGAGUGUGAGCGUCGUGUGGCAGCGAAGCAGCUGGAGAUGCAGAACAAGCUGUGGGUGAAGGAUGAAAAGCUGAAGCAGCUGAAGGCCAUUGUCACUGAGCCCAAGGAGAAGCCAGAGAGGCCCUCGAGGGAGAGGGACCGAGAGAAGGCUGUGCAGAGAUCCCUGUCACCUCCCCCAGUGCCUGGCUCUAGUCCCUUUGCUCAGGGGGGGCACAGCCAGCGCCUCGCCAGCCCCCCGCAGGGGCCCAGACGGUCUAACUCCUGUAGCAGCAUUUCUGUGGCCUCCUGUGUCCUGGAGUGGGAGCAGAAAACCCCUUCUCACAAGCAGAGCACUUCUUAUGCCAGGACUAAGCAAGAGACAGAGCCAAGUAGAGGCUGUAACAGCUCCCACAGAAGGAGAGGCAUGUGCUGGACUGGAGUCCUUGAGGUGCCCAGGCCCAGAGAGGAGCUAGAGAUAGAAGAGGAUCACUGCUGCAGGAACGCGCCCCCCGUGCGGCUCCGGCACCGCCGCUCGCGCUCGGCCGGGGAGCGCUGGGUGGACCACAAGCCCCCCUCCAACGUGCCCACGGACACGGUGCUGCAGCCCCACGUGCCCCACGCCAUCACCGUGGCCACGGCCAGCGAGAAGGCCCUGGCCAAGUGCGACAAGUACAUGCUGACACACCAGGAGCUGGCCUCCGACGGAGAGAUCGAAACCAAACUCAUCAAGGGGGAUGUUUUCAAAACCAGGGGUGGUGGCCAAGCUGUGCAGUUCACUGACAUCGAGACCCUGAAGCAGGAAUCUCCCACUGGGCGGAAGCGACGCUCGUCCCCUUCCCAUCCUGACCCCCUGGGAGAGGCUGCAGACUCGGAGUGGACUGAUGUGGAAACCAGGUGUUCCGUGGCAGUGGAGAUGAGGGCGGGAUCAGCACUUGGACCUGGAUAUCAGCACCACGCUCAGCCCAAGCGAAGAAAGCCCUGAAUUUCUGCUGGAAUUGCCCUGGAUUUUGCCAGGCCGAUGGAUUAUCUGCUGCCAACGUCACAUGUCACAGACCCUGCUUUGUCCUCACUCCAGGCUGGUGGUGUUAGGGUGGCCUGUGCUAGCAAAUGGUUCCAUGGGUGCUUCCUGUGAUCCCAAAGAAGCUUCUUACGGAUGUGUAUAUUUUCCAUAGAUUUAGGGGGGUUCUGCCAACGUGCCUCUGGAAUUCCAGGCACCUUCUGCCUCACGUAUGGAGCUGUAUCUUUACAGCCCUGUGCCACAGGGCUUCUGCCUUGUGGAUUUUUCCAGCUUUUCCAUUCCACACUCCAGAUCCAUCUCUCCUGGUCACUCUCCCUCCCCUCAGGGCCUCUGUUCUGAGGAGGCCCAAAGGCUGCUAUGGAUUUAGUGCUGCACUUUAAGGGUGUUUUUAGGCCAUUUCCUGUUUUAUUGUAACCAGCAACAGCUUGGGAAUAUGAAUUCCUCCUUGAAAGAAUGACCCUUGAGUAUUUAAGGUGUAAAUCAGCCCCUUGAAACGUGCCAGUGUUCCCAGGAACAGAAAUCCCGAGGUGAGCAGUGGGCACUUGGCAUCAGCCCCCCGUUGUGUCGUG